UGACCCAAGUAUGAAUCAACCACGUAACGGUUGUGAUGUAUAUAAUGUGAGUUAGGAUGGACGAGCUUCAGUCAGUGGUUACCCGUCAGUACAAUUACACGUCUACAGUGCAUCAAAAUGAUCUGGAAAACUAUUCUCGUUGCCUUCUUGGCUGUUGGUGCGUUCGCGCAGUACCAAGUGACAGAUGAACAAAGGCAGCAGUUCAAGUCGAUGGUGACGCAGUACUGCAAGAAGAACGGCGCAGAAGACAAGGUUGAGGACGUCGAGAAUGCGGCUAAAAGCUUCAUCGAGUGCGGUAAGAGCUUGUUCGACCCUGAGACUAUCAAGAAGGAGAUCGAAGAAGCCAAGCCUAAAGGCGCUCUGGAUGAAGUUUUCAAGAAGUAUUGCGCCAAGUCCCCGCAGUUGAAGACAUGCAUCCACACCCUGCUGACGGCUGUCACUCCCUGCCUGGACGCCACGCUGCGAGAGCACGUCACCUCCAUCAACAACGCCACCGACCAGCUCAUUGACUUCGUCUGCUACAAGGAUGGCGACAGGAUUGCUUUGUUCAUUGCCGAGGGCGGCCCCGAGUGCUUCCAAGAGAAGGCCAACCAGAUCCGCGAGUGCGCUGGUAAAGUCAGGGAGGGUGUGCCUGAUGUAGACGCCGCCAAGAAACUCACCAUCCAGGAGCAAUGCGCCAAAUUCGACGAGCUGUCAUCGUGUAUAGUGAGGGCCCUGGAGGGAUGCGCUGCGCCCACCUCCGGCAACAUGGCGGAGUCACUGUUCAAAUAUGUACGCAACGGAACGCCCUGUGCUAAAUCAUCCUAAGAAGCGUCGUACGAAGCUUGUUUCAAGAGGUGCCAUUUACAAUGCAAUAGUGAUUCAUAAACAAAACACCUAACAAUAAAGUAACUUACUAAUUCUUAA